CUUGCCCCUUGCUGUCCCCAUGUCUCUCUUCUUCCGACCUCUCUCAAGCUUUUUCACGGGGUAAGAUAAGAGGCAGCAUUAACUGGCUUGUGUCGGGCGAGCUUGGCCUUUGGUGGAGCUUCGAGCAAGCAAGCGGUGUGGUCGAAACAACGGAGAGCCAGCACACACCGACCAGCAGGAACAUCGUGCACCGGCGACAACAGGAGACCAAACCGAACAUCGUUUACUCACUACUCAUUGCGGCUUGAAGAGCAGCGUUGCGUUCCGCGGGUGCAAUGAACGUCGGCUGGGAGCACUGCGGGUAUGACUCGAUCGAUGACGAACGCCUGGAUCCUAAGAACAGCGGCGGGUGGCAACCACCACAGUCCGCGCGCCGCGGAGAGAGAGCGCGACUUUUGAGCCCGGUUGGCCUCCCCCGCGACGUGGCGGACAGCAACCGGCGAAGAGGGCAGCAGUAUCAUCACAACCAUCAUCAGCAACAACAACAACAGCGGACGCAACAGCGAAGCACCAAGCACGGACGCGUGAGCAUCAACACCACCACCGGGGGGGCACAGCUGGGGGAGGAGGGUGAAGGCGUGCCGGCGUAUUCCGCUGAAAAUGUCGUCCCAGCCUUCGAUGCGAGUGGCCCGAACAUCAGCGGCAGGAGGUUUAGCGGCAGCGGCGGCUCGGGCGGCUCGGGCGGCGGCGGCGCUAUCAGCAGCUUUUUCAGAGGCGGAAGCAGAGGGUUCAACAACGGUGCUCCCAAGCAGCAACAACAGCCGCGGAGGUCCCCUGGGCGAUGGUACCGGAGAGGUCGUUUCCUCAGCGAGGACAACAGCACGAGCAACUCCACGCGCCACCCCCACUUUGACUCCAACGUCGCAUCGGCCUCUUCGUCUAUUCCAGGAGGCGAGGGGGGCCCGCAGAGGAUACCACAGUCUCUGUGGGACGUCUGGAGAAAGAGGCGGGGAACUGGAUCCUUCGACGGCGCAGUGGGCCGCCAGAGUUCUGAUGAAUCUGGAGGAUCCAGCGGGUCUUAUGGUCGCGCCGGACUAGGCUUUGACCCCGGCUCGAAUAUUGGAGGGGCGGGCGGGGGAGGGGGGACGCCGCCUGGAAAGGUUCCCGAACUGGUUCGCGUGGCGCUCUUCGACCCGGAUUAUGACACUUCCAGGCAGCACCUCGUGAAGCUUUUCAAUGCUCUCGACACGAACGGGAGCGGUACGAUCACGUACGAGGCAAUGAGGAUGGGGCUGGCAAAUCUCGGCACCUACAGCGAUGUCAACUACGUCAUGCGAAGGGCAGAGAUGGACAAGACGAAGGAGAUUUCGCUGGACGGGUUUGUGGACAUCGUGCAGGACUGCGCCGAGAAAGUGUUCGCUGCGAAUCAGGAGGUCCCGGUGUCUUGCUUCUGCUACGACUAUUCCCCAGAAGAAGUGGCCUUCCGAUGGGUGAACACCGGGGAUCCGAAUCCCCCAUCCCCGAGCGUUUCCCUCCGGGAGCUAAUGGCAGAGCGAGACGACCAAAAGGGAGAUGUGCGGUGGGUUUGCGUCACCGGUUCGGACCCGUCGUUGGUAAUACACAUGGCGAACCGCUUCGGCAUUCAUCCGCUUCAAGUGGAAGACUGCCUCAACCCAAGGGAAAGGCUGAAGGUCGACGCCUUCCGAGCUACCCCGGUGAAACCGUCUAGAAUUCCAAGCGCUACCUACAAGUUUCAGGCACCGGCGAAAGGCACUAAAGGUAGUACAAACGACGAACCGACGUUUUCAACGACUAUGGGAGGGUCGACGGAGGUUCCGAUGCCUGCCUCGACGUCGCCGGCAGUGGCAGCAGCACCACCACCAACGACAACAACGACAGCAGCUACGGAAACGGUAGACAGUGCGGCGGAGGCGUCGGCGGAGCUAGAGUCAUCGACGGCGAUGAGAAACGAACUUCUCCCAAGCUCAACCUCGAUGUCAUUCGAAGCCGCUGACCAAUCGGAAGGAGUUCCGCCGCGUCAUCCUCCAGCCAGUCCCGAAGCGGGCCGAGUCUCGCCGGUAAAGAUUGCGAAGCUUCCGCACGGUGCGGACCCGGAUACCGGCGGGACUGUUGCCGGGGCCGGUUCCGCGGCGCGCGGCGAAAUCGGUGCCGGGUCGGGUGACGGUGGCGAUGUAUCCGCCCUGACCCUUGAUGACGACGGCGGCGAUCCUGCCGCUCCUGCAGAAGAAAUCCUGCACGUUGUCCUUGGAAGAAUAUCUCUGCGAGAGCCUACUCUGGGCAGGCCUUCCAACUUCGAGAGGGAGCAGGUGUCUGUCUUCCUCGUCGGAGACCACACGGUGCUCUUCAUCGAGCCUACCCGUUCGAAAGUCAGCGACCAGAUCUCGAACCGCAUCUACUACGCGGGUAGCAAGCUCCGCCUGAACAACGCCAGAUACCUGGUGUACAGCCUCAUGGACAGCAUCGUGGACGAUGUUUUUCCUAUCAUGCAGCAGUUCCAGGCCUGGCUUGUACAACUUCAGGAGCAGCUCCACUCCGAGGACGCCGGCCCUUCCCUAGACAUCGUUCGAGCGAUCCAGCAGAUCUCGAGGGACAUGCACAUGAUCACGUUCUACCUCCGCCCCAUGAAAGUUGUGGCCACCCAGCUCAUCACGGAUCUACCCGGGAACGAUGCCGACCUCAAGAGACACCUCGAGGACUUGAGGGACCAUCUAUUGAUGCUAGAGGAGCAGGCUUUGAGGAUGUCAACUUGGAGCCGGAGUCUCAACAAGGACUGGGUUAACGAGCAGCAGCAUAGGAUGAACCAAGUGGUGUACAUUCUGACGAUGGUGACCUCGGCCUUCAUGCCUGCGCAGUUCCUCACGGGCGUGUUUGGCAUGAAUUUCAAGUUUAUGCCGGAGUUGAACUGGAGGUACUCCUACGCUUCGUUCUGGGUACUCGUCGCCUUGUUGGCGUUCUCCAGCUACACCGUGUACAAGAGGCACAAAUGGUUGUGAAGACCUGUUCGCUACAUAAAUGUUCAUGCAAUAAAAAGCCGACUUCCCUCAGUACACUGGUCUCAAGAGGGACGUGAUGGGAUGCCGUACUAAGGACUACUGAGUACGGGGGCUGCGAUGGUGCCGCCUGACGCUUGACUUCAAGAGGGGCGUGAAGCACGUAAACAGGAGGUGUCGUUGUUGUUGUCGCUGGUGUCUUCCACACCUUUUAAUACGUCCUCUCCUUAGUGCCGUCACGUAUCCGUCCUGGUCGCUGGUUGUAGUGCCAUCUCAUAGAUGUCCGUUCUGGUACAACCGACGCGAACGUCUUCCAAUGUCGCAAGUCACCUGCCCCAAAUUAUUGUGCAUGUAGACAGCAGUGGAGGAUGUACAAAUAGUCGUCUGAGACUGGCCUCAGCAGGGGGCUUCGUCAAGCUUAUUAACGAGACUCAACGGGGGGUAUAAUGUGAAGCCCUUACAGCAGUAGCCAAGGUUGGACGAAGCCGUCCUCAACUGCAAAGGGACGUGCGCAGAAGACGGCGAUGGGGUUUGGAGAGGCUUGUUUCAAGCAUGACAGGUAUAAAUGUCUUUAGGGUAGGAGCCUUGUUAUUGUAUGAUAGUUGAUGUGCUGUGUAGACCGUUACAUCGGUGAUGGCUACGCUGCAAUGUAGAUAUGUAGUCUAGUGGAGGUGAUUGUUUUUGGUGGUACCGAGUUUUGGGACCUCUGUGCAAACACCAUCUUGCGUGCCGAAGAUACAAUCGUGUGGUUGUUAUUGCGUUGCGUUGGAAAUUGUUAGGUGCGGGCGGCGUCGGGAGUUGUCGUUUAGAUGUUGCGAAUGUCGUGUUGCCGAGUGUUAUGGAGAGUUGACGAAUGAUUGUAGCGUGUGUUCCGGUCCAGCCGACGCGUGUUCCUUCCGUCGUCGCAUGCUGACUUCCCCCAAACGGGUACAUGUACAUGUAGGCAGCAGUGGAGGGCAUUUCCUGCUGCAAGAGUUUUCGAGUAGCAUUGUGUUCUUUCCGUGUCUUUGCCGUCUAGUCCACACCAGUCCCUCGUGGGUCGGCCUGUGUCCACAAUCCCGUGUCUGUGCCUCGAAAGAGGCUGCUCAAGAUGGGAUGGUACUCGGGGAGGUCAGUACGGUCCUGAUGCCAACGACAAGACAAGCCGUUGCAAAAUAGCAAUAUUUUGCCGCGCCGUAUGGGGUGUAAUGAUGUUGCUUCGUCUCAGCGUCGAACAGCCGUGGGUUGCCAGCGACUUCAAAAGUGACUCAUGAAGCGCGUUGUCAUCUCCGGCGUACGAACCGUUCUGGCCGUUUCCCAAUUAGCGAUUUUCCGGCAUUCUCCCCUUUCGGGCAAGGUUGUCGGACAGGCUCAACCCGACGGCUAGGGUUAAUUCAUUCCAGACCCCUGCGCGCGGUAGGAGUACUGAGAAAAUGGAUAAGCUAACUUGUGAGGAAAGGGGCGAGAGAAAGGCCGAGAGAGAGAGGGAGAGA